AAACCCUACACAUCACCCCCAAGCGGAGAGGAUCUAUCUAGAGAACGCCAUCUCCCUCAAUUUAACCAAAAAAGGGAGCAAAAUUUCAUACCCAAAACCCAACUGGCAGAACCUGGACCCGGUUAACGGAACCGCCGCACAAACCAGCAUCCACAAAUGACCCUUCCUUGGAAUUCGUAUCUUUAGAGGCCAUAGCCAAUUCAAUCCCAGCAAACAACAAACGCACCCCAAUAAUCCCAAUUGGGAACUGAUUCAAAUACUCUCAAAAUUAUUCUCAAACACCAAAGCAAGACCCAUCUUCCUAAUCCCCGAAAAUACAGCAAGCCAAUGUGUUGAUAGAUUUUCAUUUGUAGUACGUGUUUGUGUUUGUGUUUGAUGGGGUUUCACUUGAUUUCGGAGCGAGCUUUUUCCCAACAUUGCAAAGCGUACCCAUAAGCAAAUAGCGUGAAAAAUGCAACCAUUGAAACAAUGACACAAUGAAUCUCCUACCUCCUAUGCUUCGACCCAUCUCCUACUUCACUCCCAAACCCCCAUGGCGUCGCUGUUUCAACACCUGUUCAGAGGCGACUGUUACUGCCAAUGAGGUCCUCACCAUCCUUGAAACAGUCAACCAUAUGGAGAGUGCCUUGGAACCCGUAGUCCCCAAACUCUCCAGUGAGAUAGUGAGCUAUGUGAUCCGAGAACAGACAAACCCACGAUUGGUUUUCCGGUUCUUCAUUUGGGCAACCAAAAGGAUGAGGCUUUGCAGCCGAAUGUCUCAGAGUUCGGUCAUUGACAUGCUUGUCAGGGACGAUGCCUUUGAACUCUAUUGGAGAACACUUGAACAACUGAGAGACUGCGGGCUUCCAAUUGGUUCUGCUGCCUUUGCUGUGCUGAUCAAUGGUUAUGCCAAAUUGGACAUGGCUGAAAAGGCUGUGGAGACAUUUGGCCGGAUGAAAGAUUUCGAUUGUAAGCCUAAUGCCUUUACUUACAAUGCGAUACUUUAUGUUAUGGUGCGAAAAGAACUGUUUUUGCUAGCUUUAGCUAUAUAUAACCAGAUGUUGAAGUCAAAUCAUAGUCCCAGUAGAAAUACUUAUGGCAUUUUGAUUAAUGGGUUCUGCAAAACGAGGAAAACUCAGGACGCGCUUCAAAUGUUUGAUGAAAUGACCCAGAGAGGUAUUGCUCCCAAUACCAUAACUUGUACUAUUGUUGUUUCUGGCUUGUGCCAGGCAAAGAGGACCCAUGAAGCGUAUACAUUGGUUGAAAUGAUGAAGGCAAGUGGGUGUCCUCCUGAUUUGAUUACUUACAAUGCUUUACUUGAUGGGUAUUGUAAAUCAGGCAGCAUUGGUGAAGCUUAUGCGCUCUUGAGAUCAUUUGAGAGGGAUGGUUAUGUUCUCGGACUCAGUGGAUAUACUUGCUUGAUUCAUGGUUUAUUUAUAGCUGGGAGAUUUGAUGAAGCGCAUGGGUGGUAUAGCAAAAUGAUCAAGAAGGGCAUCAAACCUGACAUUGUCCUGUGUACGAUAAUAAUUCGGGGGUUAUCAGAUGCUGGCAGGGUUAAGGAUGCUUUGAACUUCUUGAACGAGAUGAAUGAGAGAGGUUUGGUUCCGGAUGCCUACUGUUAUAAUGCUGUCAUUAAAGGGUUCUGUGAUUUGGGUCUUUUGGAUGAAGCUCGGUCUCUGCAUCUUGAUAUUUCAAAGCUAGAUUGCUUCCCUAAUGCCUGCACUUACACCAUUCUCAUAUGUGGUAUGUGCAAGAAUGGGCUGGUAGGGGAGGCACAACAAAUAUUCAAUGAGAUGGAGAAGCUUGGAUGUGUCCCUUCUGUUGUGACCUUCAAUGCUCUUAUUGAUGGACUUUGUAAGGCUUCUAAGCUUGAGGAAGCGCACUUAUUAUUUUACAAGAUGGAGAUAGGAAGAAAUCCUUCAUUAUUUCUUCGUCUUUCUCAAGGUAGUAAUCGGAUUACUGACAGUGCCAGUCUUCAAACGGAGGUAGAGCAAUUGUGUGAGUCAGGAUUGAUUCUUAGGGCCUACAAACUUCUGACGCAGCUAGCUGACAGUGGGGUCACACCUGACAUCAUCACUUACAACAUUCUAAUCAAUGGGUUUUGCAAGGCUGGUAACAUAAAUGGUGCUUUUAAGCUCUUCAAGGAUAUGCAACUGAAAGGGCUCUCACCAGAUUCGGUUACAUAUGGGACACUUAUAGAUGGACUGCAAAGGGUUGAUAGAGAAGAGGAUGCCUUUGUGGUCUUUGAUCAAAUGGUGAAGCAUGGAUGCGUGCCUAGCUCUGCAGUUUAUAAAUCACUGAUGACUUGGUCUUGCAGGAAAAAGAAGGUUUCUUUAGCUUUUAGUCUUUGGUUGAAGUAUCUAAGCAACCUUUCUCGGAGAGAAGAGGAAAAAAUCAAAGCAAUAGAAGAAGACUUUAAGGAAGGGAAAACUGAGAAGGCAAUCAGAGGUUUACUUGAAAUGGAUGUAAACUUCAAAGACUUUGAUUUAGAACCAUGCACCAUUUUGCUAAUUGGUUUGUGUCAGGUGAGAAGAGUACAUGAAGCUUUGAGAAUAUUUUCUGUUCUUGACGAGUACAAAGUCAUUGUCACUCCACCAAGUUGUGUACACUUGAUCAAUGGUCUCUGCAAAGAAGGGAACUUGGACCUGGCGAUAGGUGUCUUCAUAUAUACUCUGGAGAAGGGUUUCAUGUUAAUGCCUGAAAUAUGCAACCAGCUGCUCAAGUGUCUUCUUCGUUCCCAAGACAAAAAAGAUCACGCCCUUGAUCUCAUUAGUAGGAUGAGAUCUUUUGGAUAUGAUCUUGAUUUUUAUCUGCACCAAACUACAAAAUUUCUUCUAGAAUGCCACAUGAACUAAAGGGAAAUGGAAAACGUGCCCCUUGGAAAACGUGUCCUGAACCUGCAAUUACUACUACUUGGGAUUUGAUUCUUGCUAGCAAGAUAUGUCUGUGUUUGGGGAGGACCGCAUGUUUCACCUGUUUAACCCAAAUUGUGACAAGCCUGUGGACUUGGUGAGAAAGGUUGGCUCCUUGCUGACAUGCUUCUCUUUCAAGUCACUCUUGUCACAGCCAAGUUCUUAUUUGGGGUUCUUGCCAGGUAGGAAAGGUAAAUUAUAAGCUGCAACUUCCAAGUGGUUCAAAGUUGCAUCCAGUUUUCCAAUCUGUAAUGCCUUACAAGGCAUCUUUUCUCCUAUACAAUGUUUUGCCUACUACCAAUACUGACGGGAUCAUACAAGAGCAGCCUGUUGUUAUAUUGGAUAUAUGAAAGGUGAAGAAGAGCAAUGGAGGAAUUACUGAGGUCGGUCUUCAAUGGAAGUUAAUGCUGCUAAGGAAGAUGCCACAUGGGAGGAGUUCCUGGACUUUCCAGUCAGAUUUCAAGCUUUUAAUUCUAUAGGAGCGGUAGGAAUUUUUGCGGGGGGAUAGAUUAGCAAACAAGAGCCAUUCCAGCAAUCCUAGCUAGUUAUCAUGGAUACCCAAGUCAGCAAGAAGUUUGGCAGGAAAUCUGUUAACAGUUAGCUUUUGUAGUUAGGAGGGUGUCCGUUUUAGUAGAAGGAAGCCUAGCAUGCAAACCAAGCUAUAGGAGCUGGUAAUUUUGCACUUUCUGGCAUGCUUUGUGUGGUCAAGACUCAAUAUUGCUUUCUCUUAGUAAUAUUCUUUAUGCCAGUCUCUGUUGUGGAGUCUUGGUAAUAGGUUAUAGCAUAUCAUCUGACAUAUUACACAAAUUUCUCUUCUAUGUGAUUAAAAGGUUGAGCAGUGGGUUACUCAUUUUAUAGAGGCUGUCACGACUCGUGGAUCUUGGAUCUUCUGUUUCUAUUGUGGGUUCCAUUUUUCUCAAAGGCUCCUGAGAUAUGGUGUAAUAAUCAGUUUAGCUGAAGCAUAUGCUUAUGAUAAUUACUUGAGCAAUAUCUAUGUACGUGAUAAAUGUAACAAGGACGAACUUUCUUAUAGUGUUCUGAGCAGACAAUGUUCAAUGGAUACUUACUGGUUACUGAGGAAAUCAAUUUAAUUGCUGGCAUUGACUUGGGAGAUGCAUCA